CACAGGCUAGUCACGUGACCAAGCUUCCACCUUCAGCACCCUGUUCCGCUCUACUGCUGCUCCGUGCAUUGGUAGGAAGUGAACAGAUUACGUUUAGUAGUUACCAAAGGAUAUAUUAUGCAGUUAUCAAAAGUAUAACUCAAGAAAAACAACAGGAAGAACAAAUAUUUGGCCAAAGGCAGAAGGACAAAGAUGGAAAUACAGAGAGAAGAUUCUUUCUUCUUGGAGAGGAGACAGAAGGCAGUUGAAGCCACUGGAGAAAGUCUUAGUCGGCCUAUACCUCUUCCUGAACUUCGCUUGGUUUUACUAGGCCGUAAAGGUGCUGGGAAGAGCUCUGCUGGAAAUACCAUUUUAGGCCCGGCUGGGGGGUUUGAGACAGGUAAACCAACUGAGGAGUGUGUGAAGAGACGUGCCGAUGUAGCAGGAAAGCGUGUUACAGUUGUGGACACCCCUGGUUGGGAAUGGUACUACCCGGUUAAUGGUACUCCUGGCUGGGUAAGGAGAGAGACAAUGCGAAGUAUGUCCUUGUGCCCACCAGGCCCCCAUGCUGUCCUUCUAGUGGUACGAUCCUGUACCUCAGUGACAGCAGACUACCAUCAGCAGAUUGAAGAGCACCUAGAGCUUUUGGGCAAAGCAGUGUGGGAUCACACGAUGGUGCUGUUCACACGAGGGGACGAAUUGGGCUCCAUUCCUAUUGAACAGAGGAUUCAAAAUGGGGGCAAGUCCUUCCAGAGGCUUCUGGAAAGGUGUGGAAACAGAUUCCAUGUUUUCGAGAACAAACGGCGUGUUGAUGACAGAACUCAGGUGAAGGAACUAAUGAGGAAGAUGGAAAAGCUGGUUGAGGAGAGACAGGGCAGAUAUUAUGAGCCAGAUCGUCUUCUUAUUGAGCUUGAGGUGGAGGGCAAAAGGAGGGCACGAGAGAGGAGGAAGAAACAGAGGCUGAUGGAGGCUCAGACGCAGAAAGGAACCAUCAGAUCUGUGCUAACAAAUGAUAAUCUUCAAGUUGAAGACUUGGACGAAAGGAAUCUCUUCUCUAGAGGUUCACGGCGUCUUCCAGAGCUGAGACUUGUUCUACUUGGAGAGCGGGAGACAGGGAAAAGUUCUGCUGGGAAUGCCAUCCUCGGAGGAUCAGGAUACUUUAAAAUUGGAGAUGCUACAGAGGAAUGUUUACGACAUCAGGCGGAGGUUUCAAACAGACUGGUCACGGUGGUGGAUGUGCCUGGAUGGGAGGGUGGACCAGAGGGAAUAACUCCAGAAAGAGUGAAGCGAGAAAUCGGAAUGAGUGUGACACUGUGUCCUCCAGGACCUCAUGCUAUUCUUCUGACGCUGAGAGUGGAUGCGCUCGUCCAAGCUCCAGCAGUCCGAGAGCAUCUGGAGCUUCUAGGGGAGACAGUUUGGAGACAUACAAUUCUUCUCUUCACAAGAGGUGAUCAGCUUCGAGAGGGAGUCACUAUUGAGCAGCAUAUUCAAGGAGGAGGCAAAGAUCUCCACUGGCUGAUGGAAAGAUGUUCAAAUAGGUUCCACGUCAUCAGCAGCAACUCUUGUUUGAAAGGUUGGAAUUCCUCAGCACAGAUAACUGGACUUCUUGAGAAGAUUGAGAAAAUGGUAGCAGGAAAUUGGUGCGAGGCCUUCUCGCCACUAGUGCAUGAGAUUCAGGAGUUAGGAAAACAAAAGAAUGAGAAAUUCCAACUUAAGUUUAAGGAGUUUAAUGAGAAGAUUCAACGGCAGGAAGAAGAACUAAAGAAAAUGAAGGAAAGAGAGGUGAGGAGCAUUAGGUGGUUUUUCGAAAGACGAAAAAAAGACAAAGUGUAUUCCCCUGGGAAGACAGAAAGGGAGGAGGCGCCAUACAAGGGUGAAGAUGACAGGAAGAGCAUGAUGGGCGAAUUGGAGGAGAGGAUGGCAUGGUUGACGGAAGACAGGGAGAGGGAGAUACAAGAGCUGACCACAGAAAUAAGCAAAGUCAUGGCGGCUUUUAAACAGGGACUUCGAGAAAAAGAGCAACUGGUAAUGCGAUUAGAGGAAAGAGACAGAGAGGGGGAAGAACUUAAAGAAAAAGUGGAUGAACUUCAAAUAAAACUGCUGGAAGUGGAACGAAUGGGUGUAGAGAAAGAGCAAGAACGAAAGGAGAGAGAGGAAGAAUUGCAACGAGUACACCAGGAUGAGAUAAAUAAAUUGAGAAACAAACUGGUUGAUGCAGAAAAUGAGAAAGAUAUGCUAAAAAAAAAAGCUGAAGAAACACAGAAAGAGAUGGAUGCAUCACAACGCAAGUAUGAAGAACACAUCGAACAGAACAAGAAAGAUACAGAGAGCAAACUGAAAGAAAAGGACAAUAAAAUAGAAAACAUUCUCACAGAAAUUCAGAAGGCUGAGAGCAGAGAAAGAGAACAAUGUGAAAGAUGGAGAGAAAGAGAUGAAAAGAGGGAGAAAGAGAUGGACAAACUGAGUGAAGUGAUAGAGAUGAUGACACAAGAGAUGGAAGAGCUACGGAUAUCAUUCCAAGAGCAAGUAAAAAUCACGGACACGGAGAGAGAAAUGCAUGGAGAUGUUGUGGAGAAAUACAACACACUCUUAGAUAAACUUGUAGGGAAAGAUGAAGAAAUAGUUGCCCUGCGUCAGGAGCAUGAGCAAACAAGAAGAGAUAAAAAGAAAGAGCUGCAUCGAAAUGUUGAAACACAAGAGAAACUGCAGGAGAAAGAAGAAGAAAUAGCCAAGUUAAGACAAAGAGACUUGGAGAAAGACAGAGAACUUGACACACUGAGAAAAAACAUAGAAAAGUUGAAAGAUAGUAUUGAGGAAAAUAUUGAAAAAAGUGCAGCUCAAAUGAAACAUUCAGAGAAAGAAUCAAAAAGAAAAGAAGAGGAAAUAGUCAAAUUAAAACAAACAGACCAGGAGAAAGACAGAGAAAUUGACACACUCCAGCAAAAGAUUUGCGAAAAACAGAAAGACAUAGAAAAGUUAAAAGAGAGCAUUCAGUCAAUUAUUGAGGAAAGUGCAGCUCAACUGAAACAGUUACAGGAUGAAUUCAAGGUAAAAGAAAAGGAAAUAGUCAAAUUAAAACAAACAGACCUGGAAAAAGAGGAAGAAAUGAACACACUGAGGCAAAAUAUAAGUGAAAAACAGACAGAAAUACAAAAGUUCAGAGACAGCAUCCGGGCAAAUACUGAAGAAAGUGCAGCUCAAAUGAAAAAAAUAGAGGAUGAGCUGAUUAGAAAAGGAGAGGAAAUUACCAAAUUACGACAAAGUGACUUGAAGAAAAAUGCAGAAAUCGACACACUGCAGCAAAGCAUUAGCAAGAAUCAGAAAGAAAUUGAAAUGUUGAAAUGCAGUAUUCAGUCAAAUAUUGAAGAAAGUGCAGCACAACUAAAAAAAUUAAUGGAAGAAUUCAAUGUAAAAGAAGAGGAAAUAGCCAAAUUGAAGCAAACAGACCUAGACAAAGACAAAGAAAUGGACAUACUGAGGCAAAAUAUUAUUGUCAAACAUAUAGACAUAGAAAAGUUGAAAGACAGUAUUAAUUUAAAUACCAAAGAAAGUGCUUCUCAACUGAAACUUUUGCUGGAAGAAGUGAAAACCAAAGAAGUGGAAAUAACCAAACUAAAAGAAAGAGAUCUGGAGAAAGACAAAGAAAUGGACACACUGAGGCAAAUUAUCAACAAUAAACACAGAGGCUUGGAAAAGUUAAGAGAAAGCAUUCAGGAAAAUACUGAAGAAAGUGCAGCACAAUUGAAACAUUUAGAGGAAGAGUUUGAAAUAAAAAUUGAGGAUUAUAAAAGAAAGAAUCAGAUGAUGUCAGAGGAGAUGGAAAGACUAAAAAAUCAGCAUGAGGAAAGAAUCAGACAUGUAGAAAAGGAAAAUAGACUGGCAAUUGAAAUGAAAGAGAACACCAUAAAUCAGUUACAGCGCCAACUUGGAGACAAUGAAAGAAGUUUGGAAGAGCUAAGACAGCAAUACAAGGAAGACCAAGAAAGAAUUGACAUAUUGCAAAGCAUGAAUGCAGAACUGGCAAAAGAAUUAGAAGAGCUGAAGUUUAAGUGUGAGGGUUUUGAGAGAGAUCUGCAAGCUCACAGAGAAGCAGAGGAAAGAAGAGAGACCGAAAUUAAAGAGAUAUUUGUCCGCUAUGAGAUGCAAAAAACCAAAGACGCUCAGACUCUGAAGCAAAUGAAAGGGCAAGAACAAGAGAUAGAUCAGCUUAAACAGGUGCUGGAGGAAUUAAAAGAGAAGCAGAAUGAGAAGGAGACUGAGAUGAAAGAGAUGAAGGCAUAUUAUGAUGAGAGAUUGAUCGAGAGAAAAGAACUUGAGAUUCAAGAAUCAGAGAGAGAACAGGAACUUCACAGAAGAGAGAGGGAGGUAGAAAAAAGAGAAGAGAAUUUAGCAGAUCAGUUGAAGGAACUAGAACAAAACAAACUCGAUUUGGUAACAAGACAGGAUGAAAUUAAUAAUUUAGAGCGAGAGAUUAGGGACAUGCAGAAAAAUCUUGAAAUUGAGUGUCAAAACAACAAAUGUUUGGCUGCAGAUGUGGAAAGAAUGAGAGAAGAGAUCGAGAAACGACAGCAAGAAAUUAUGGAUAGGGAGGAAAAUAUAAAAGUAAAAGAGCAACAGAUAAAAAGUGAAAGGGAAGAGCUAGAGGAAACUGAGAAAGUAUUGGAGAGCAAGCAAAAGGAAAUGAGAGAUUCGACUGAAAAACAGGAGAAAAAUUGGGAAAACCUUAGACAACAGCUGAAGAGGAGAGAAGAAGAACUUCAAGAAACUGAGGAGAAUUUUGCGAAAGAACAACAUAUUCUUAAAGAAGAAGAAAAUUCUUUGAAAGUGCUGAGAGAGAAUCUGGAAAAGAGAGAAAAUGAACUUCAAAAACGAGAACAGAUGUUGGAAGUAAUGAUCCAAGAGCUAUCAAACAACUCAAAGGAACUUGACAACAACAAACAGGAUGUAGAAAAAUGGCAAGCUGAAUUGAGUAAUAAGGAAUAUGAUCUUCUACAAAGAAAAGAUGGAUUACAGAAUAAGGAGGAAGAACUUGUUCAGAGAGAGAAGGACCUUGAACUCAAAGACAAAAUGCUCAUGGAGCUAAAUCAAGAUGUGAAAAAACGAGAGCAAAAAUUAAUUGAGCUCGAAUGCAUUAAAGAAGUGUUAGGAAAAAGGGAGCAAAAACUGAUCAAAAGUGAAGAGGCACUUUCUCAGAGAGAGCAGAAGCUGAAGAGUAAAGAAAUAUACUUGGAGAAAAGACAGCAAGUCAUGCAAAAUAGGGAAGAACAGUUGCAACAGGAGAAACAACAGAAUGAAGACAUGUUUAACGGCCUCAAGAAACAACAGGACGUUUUGAAAGACAGAGAACUUGCUUUAGAUACCAGAGAAACAGAGUUACGCCACUUAGAAACUGAGCUCAAAAUCCAAGAUAAUAACAUGACAGAUAAAGAUAAAUUCCUGCAAACCCGAGAACUAGAUGUGAAGAAAAACGAAACUGAUUUUGAGACAAAAACGCAAAUGCUAGAAGUCCUAAAAAUAACUUUAGAGGUGAAAGAAAAAGAGCUGGAGGAAUGUAAAAACCAACUGGAGAGCAGAAUACAGGACUUAAAUAAUGAACAAGACAAUCUGAAAAACAAGCGAGAAGAGCUUGAAAAAUGGGAGAAAUAUCUGUAUAACACAGAGCUCAAACUGGUAAACAAAGUGCCUUUCUCAAAGUAUCAACAAUGGAAAAGCAAUGCUGAAUUUAAUGGGAAACAAGCAGAAACAGAACACAUCCAUAAAAUGUACCAGGAAGUUGGAGUAGAUGGUAGCAUUUGUGAGAGCGAUGCAAGAGAGAAAAAGCAUAACGGAAUUGGAAAAGAAAGGAACGAUGAACAGAAAAUGGAGUUGAUUUCUUCCUCUGCAAAUAACAGACUCGUAAAGGCUUAUAAUGGUAAAGGGACACUGGAAGUCAAGUAUCAACAGAAAGAUGCUGAAAUCUAUGCAGAAAAAGAGCUGGGUGGCAUUUCUGAUGUGGAAAGUGAGGAAGACUUCUUUGACUCUUCAAGCCAUGGUUUUCAAACAACCCAAGGCAUAGACUUCCCCAUCUCGGAGUUAAGACUGAUGCUUCUGGGGGACACUUGGUCUUCACGUUGCUUAGCUAGACACAUUUUAUUGGGGCCUGAUGCAGACGGAAGCAACCCUUGGAGGGGAGAUAUAUCUGGCAGGCACCUUACUCUCGUGGAGCCUCAAGGUUUGAAAUGGCGAUCUGGAACUGAUAGCAAAGACAUGUUAAAAAUACAUAUCCCUCAUAGUGUGUCCCUAUGCCAGCCAGGACCACAUGCCUUCAUCUUGUUAAUACCUGCUUAUGUAUCCUUCACUGGUCAGUACAGGUGUGCAGUGGAACGUACCAUGUCUGUGCUAGGAGAGGGCGCAUGGAAGCAUACUAUUGUCCUGCUCACCUGGGGGGAGACGCUAGGAGAAAGUGGCCAGCAACAUGUCAAGAGAAAUGGGGACCUGGAAUGGCUGGUUAGAAAGUGUGGGAAGAGAUGUUAUGUGUUUGACAACAGACAUCGGGAAUCUCACGUGACAACGUUGCUGGAGAGGGUUGAGGAAAUGGUGGUAGGAAACAAUGGACAUUACUACAAAAUGGAUUAAAAGAGUUUAAAAAAGCUAAACUGAGCUUGACUGUGAAUAUUUAAAUAUGUUUUUUCAUUGUGACAAUAAACACAGUUGAUUUUUUGGUAA